UGCACACCGCUGUAGAUAGGUCUCCUCUGUGUCUGUGCUGCUGCCUGCUGGUGGAGCAUGUUAGUAAACUAGCCUGUGCCCUGACAGCCUGCUUAGCUGUCAUCAUCGCGCCUCGCCACAUCUAACGUUAGCCAACUAAAUGUGUUAAUGCGAUGAACCGGGAAUUUAUUGAUCAUGGCUAACCUACGGAUUUCGUUAGCCGUCGUGGUUGUUCAGGCGGUCCUGUACAGAAUCUGCGAGGCUCUGUGGUGUAACUGCACCACUGCCCAGUGUGAGAAGACUGGCUCCCAGUGUGAGACUGAUGGAGCCUGCAUGGCCUCCACUUCCUUCAUUGAUGGCCAAGAGCAGCACAUCCGUAUCUGCAUCACACAGGACAAACUUGUGCCCCCUGGACAACCGUUCUACUGCCGCAGUGCAGAGGGCUUUCUCAACAUCCACUGCUGCUACACUGACUACUGCAACAGCAUUGACCUCCAAGUACCCUCAGUUACGACUCAGUCAGGACUGGGGGCAGGCUACGGCCCAGGUGGGGCAUGGGGGCUGGUGGAACUAGUAGCUGUGAUUGCAGGGCCGCUGUUCCUGCUGUGUCUGCUGCUGCUGCUGGUGGGUAUGUUCCUGUAUCAGUACCACCAGAGGGCCUACAGCCACAGGCAAAGGCUUGAGGUGGAGGACCCCUCCUGUGACCACCUCUACCUGGCCAAAGACAGGACCCUGCAGGACCUCAUAUACGAUCUGUCCACAUCUGGUUCAGGCUCUGGUCUGCCUCUGUUUGUCCAGCGGACCGUGGCCAGAACAAUUGUCCUCCAAGAGAUCAUUGGGAAAGGGCGCUUUGGGGAGGUGUGGCGAGGACGUUGGAGGGGCGGUGACGUGGCGGUGAAGAUCUUCUCAUCCAGAGAGGAGCGCUCCUGGUUCCGUGAGGCUGAAAUCUAUCAGACCAUCAUGCUCCGCCAUGAAAACAUCCUGGGCUUCAUAGCUGCUGACAACAAAGACAAUGGCACAUGGACCCAGCUGUGGUUGGUGUCAGACUACCAUGAGCAUGGCUCUCUGUUUGACUACCUGAACCGCUACUCUGUCACUACUGAAGGAAUGAUCAAACUGGCACUGUCAGCUGCCAGUGGCCUUGCACAUCUGCACAUGGAGAUUCUUGGAACACAAGGAAAGCCAGGCAUCGCCCACAGAGACUUGAAGUCCAAGAACAUCCUCGUGAAGAAGAACUGCACCUGUGCCAUCGCUGACCUGGGCUUGGCUGUCCGUCAUGACUCUGCCACAGACACCAUCGAUAUCGCGCCCAAUCAGAGGGUGGGCACCAAGAGGUACAUGGCUCCAGAGGUUCUCGAUGAGACUAUCAACAUGAGACACUUUGACUCAUUCAAAUGUGCUGAUAUCUAUGCUUUGGGGCUGGUCUACUGGGAGAUUGCACGCCGCUGUAAUAGUGGAGGUAUCCACGAAGAGUACCAGCUGCCCUACUAUGACCUGGUACCUUCUGACCCGUCCAUAGAGGAGAUGAGAAAGUUGGUGUGUGACCAAAAGCUACGACCCAACAUCCCAAAUUGGUGGCAGAGCUACGAGGCCUUGCGGGUUAUGGGCAAAAUCAUGAGGGAGUGUUGGUAUCCUAAUGGGGCUGCCCGCUUGACAGCCCUGCGCAUCAAAAAGACCCUGUCCCAGCUCAGCGUUCAAGAGGACAUUAAAGUCUGAGCUAAUUCAGCAGAGCACUGAGCAGGACCCGACUCCAGACUGUAGGACACUGAGGGGAAGGGGCCGGUCUUUCUACAAAGAACACACAAAGUAAGAGAAUAUAAUGGAGAGUCGCACUUUGUAAAAUAUUACUCCAUAGACACUCCUGCCAGUUUUGAAGCCACUUGAUUUCUGACAAACCCUACCUCGCUUACCCAGCCAAACUACCAAGAACACCUUUCCUGUCUUGUCCUCAGCUACUGCUGCCCUACCUGAACCUUUUUGUUCCUCUCUACACUCCGCACUAACAAGGAUCCUUGGAUUUCCUGUGUACUUGUAUGCAAUCAAUAACAGGAUAUGUAAUUAACCAGUUAACAUUUUGAAAAUCAGUUGCUGAUAUUUCCACAAAGUCUCUUUGAUCACAGUUGCUUAAUAGUUAACAAACAGCAUUCACUCUUUUUGUCUUUGAAAGGGGGCAUACUGGGAGGUUUAGGAGGGUUUUUAACUUACUUUUCCUUAUUCUGUUAUGACCAGAUCUUGUUAUUUAUAAUAUAUAUAAAAUAUGGGUGUUUGUGAGGUUAUUGUGCAGGUUUCUCUGUGCCACCUACAGCCACACAGGCACAUCACAAACUGCGUAGAAAUCCCUCUAAGAGAAUAAUCCAUCCGGUCCUGUUAUAAUUGUGUGGUUUAAUUGUCUGCUGAUUAUCAUGUUAGCAUGUAUAAAGCAGUUGAGACAGCUUGUGUAAAUGCAGCCCAUUUACUUUCCCAUAAGCUGUUCUAAACCUCAGGUUUUCCUUAUGCUUACCAAUCAACACGUAAUUGUUUUUUUGUCUGUUUAGAACCAUCUUAAGCAAAAUACACAAUUAGGAAUUAAGUAAAAAUGCAUUUCAUUAGGAUGGAGGGUUAAAUGUAGAGUGCUGUAGAGCAACAGCUGCCAGUGACUUGAUACUGAAUGUUUUGUCCUUGAUCUUCUUAGCUGAUACUUCUUACAAAACACAUGUAGCACCAUGCUACAUGUAGAAUAUUUGAAUGGUGGUAUUCCAAUGUGAAUUCAGCCGCUGUCUCAUGAUCAACUCACAGAUCAUAACCUGCCAUGAGAGAGUGAACAUUGCUCCAGUCCCUCAGAUAAGCUGGUAUACACAACAUUCAGAUAACCCUUUGCAGCAGCCAGUACCAUUACACUGUACCUUCAAUAUGGGGCGAAAAUGUAUUAUUUUUAAUCCAUUUUAAAAACACUAACUCCAGGAAUCUGAAUGAUAGUUUGUUUGUAUGUUAUUUUUUUAUAUUUUCAAAGCAUGUCCAAUGUUGUUUUUCCCUCAGGCCCCUGGCCGAGUAUAACUACUGCACAUAAACUAGCUUUUUAAGGUGACACUAUAAAUUUGAUUUUAUGUUGCUUAGGUCAUGUUUUAGAUGGUUGAAUCUUUUAUACCAGCUUUUUGGUUGGUGGGAAGAAAAUCUAAGAUUUCUUCUGUCUUGCUGUUUGUAAACAGAAUUAUGUACCAAUCUACUUUCUGACGUCUGAAGUAACAUUACUGUAUGUGUCAGACACACUGCUUAUGCUGAAUUUCUCCUGUAGCCCUCUAUUACUGCAGAGCAGUGUUUUAUUUUUAAUCAAUGUUUCCCCUCACUGCUCCUUUUGUUCACCAUACAAUACCUCCUCAAUGUGCAAAUUGUAUGUGGAUUGUUUCCUUCAACAUAACACUGUCAAAAAUCACUGUCUACAUUUUGUUAUGCUUUCAGGAAAAAGGUGCACUUUUGUCUUUAGCUGUAUGCAAAUUAAACAGGUACUGUUUGUUUAUAGUAUUUUCCCAUGUUAUUUAUAUUUGUAUGCUGUGAGUCCCUAUGAAAGCCUGAAAGGCCACAUGUGCACUACUACUGACCUCACAGCAUUAAAACCAAAUUCUCAGAAUCAUUUCUGGUCAUGGCCUCUAGUGUUUACUUCAGACAUCACCACUGAAAAUGAAAAUGUUAAUACAAAUCAUGCCAACCAGUUGCUGUACACACACAGAGAAUCUGACUUUUCUUUGGGAGAAGAAAUGUUGAAACUAAAUACUACUGAAAUGUCUCAAUGCUGUCUCACAAAUGUGUUUGACCAAUACUUUGUAUUUUAAAAUCACUUGCUCACUGUAUUGUUUAAGUUGUACAGGAUGUUUGUAAGAACGAAUAGACUGCUCUUGAUGCUGUUGUUUUUGGUUGGAAAGACUGGGGAGCUCUGCUGUUUAAUAGGUGGUUGGGUGUCAACCAUAUUUAUACACUAAAGAGGUAUGUUUGUCAAAUUGUAUCUGCCUUACAAUGUAUAAAAUGCAUAAUGUAUUUAAGGUUACCUUGCUCCAAGUAUCCCUAUGGAAGAAUGGUGGGGUGUGAGUCAGAGAAAUUAGGUAUUAUUCAACAGGUUGUGAUAACUCCCAGGUCUCAGAGACAACUGCAUCCAUGUAAAAACCCCUUCAGGACUUCAAUCAUGUAACUUCUAAUAUAGAGUAAUAAAUCCAGUUGUUUUCCUGU